AGAUGUCCAUGGUAAUAAGAGUCAGGAGCACUAUCUGGUCUUGGGCAAAUCUUUUGAAGAUACCGUCAUGGAUCCCUCCCUUGACUGAUGAUAGAGGUAUUCUGGGAGGAGAAGGAAGCCCCACCUCUGACAGCAGUCCUGAGGAGACAUCAGGAACAGGCCCCUCCACCCUCCCAAGUGGCUGUGGUCUGAGCCACAUUCUAAGCGCUGCGGUCUGGUGUCCAUUGCCUUGGGGCCAUAGUCGUGUUGUGAUGUGGUGCUGUGUAACUCUGCCCCGGACCCCACACAGUGUGGGGUGUGCUGGCCUGGAGUGUCGGGGCCACAGGGCACAGCUGGGUCACUGUUUGCCUCGCCUUCUGAGGAGAAGAUUGGAGGAUCCAAACUACUGGAUACAGGUGCACCGACUUGAACAUGGAGAUGGAGGAAUACUGGACCUUGACGAUACCCUCUGUGAUGUAGCAGAUGAUAAAGACAGACUGGUAGCCGUGUUUGACGAGCAGGACCCACACCAUGGAGGUGAUGGCACCAGUGCCAGUUCCACGGGUACCCAGAGUCCAGAGAUAUUUGGCAGUGAGCUUGGUACCAACAGUGUUUCAGCCUUUCAGCCUUAUCAAGCAACAAGUGAAAUUGAGGUCACACCUUCAGUCCUUCGUGCAAAUAUGCCUCUUCAUGUCCGACGAAGCAGUGACCCAGCUUUAAUUGGCCUUUCAACUUCCAUUAGUGAUAAUAAUUUUUCUUCUGAAGAGCCUUCACGGAAAAACCCCACACGCUGGUCAACAACAGCUGGCUUCCUUAAGCAAAACACUGCUGGGAGCCCUAAAACCUGUGACAGGAAGAAAGAUGAAAACUAUAGAAGCCUUCCACGGGAUGCUAGUAACUGGUCUCACCAAUUUCAGAGAGACAAUGCUCGCUCAUCUCUGAGUGCCAGUCACCCAAUGGUGGACAGGUGGCUGGAGAAGCAAGAACAGGAUGAGGAUGGGACAGAAGAAGACAACAGUCGCGUUGAACCUGUUGGACAUGCUGACACUAGUUUGGAGAACAUACCCAGCUUUUCUCUGGAUGAUAUGGUAAAGCUCGUACGAGUCCCCAACGAUGGAGGGCCUCUGGGAAUCCAUGUAGUGCCUUUCAGUGCUCGAGGCGGCAGAACCCUGGGGUUAUUAGUAAAACGAUUGGAGAAAGGUGGUAAAGCUGAACAAGAAAACCUUUUUCAUGAGAAUGAUUGCAUUGUCAGGAUUAAUGAUGGCGACCUUCGAAAUAGAAGAUUUGAACAAGCACAACAUAUGUUUCGCCAAGCCAUGCGUACACCCAUCAUUUGGUUCCAUGUGGUUCCUGCAGCCAAUAAAGAGCAGUACGAACAACUAUCCCAGAGUGAGAAGAACAAUUACUAUUCAAGCCGCUUCAGUCCGGAUAGCCAGUAUAUGGAUAACAGGAGUGUGAAUAGUGCAGGACUUCCAGCACUGCAGAGAGCUCCCAGACUGAACCACCCGCCCGAGCAGAUAGACUCUCACCCCCGACUACUACCUCAGAGCACACACCCCUCCGGAAAACCGCCAGCGGCUCCGGCCCCAGCACCGCAAAAUGUAUUUAGUACAAAUGUAAGCAGUGGUUAUAACACCAAAAAAAUAGGCAAGAGGCUUAAUAUCCAGCUGAAGAAAGGUACAGAAGGCUUGGGAUUCAGCAUCACUUCCCGAGAUGUAACAAUAGGUGGCUCAGCUCCAAUUUAUGUGAAAAACAUCCUCCCAAGAGGGGCUGCCAUCCAAGAUGGCCGACUUAAGGCAGGAGAUAGACUUAUAGAGGUAAAUGGAGUAGAUUUAGCAGGCAAAUCCCAAGAGGAAGUUGUUUCCCUGUUGAGAAGCACCAAGAUGGAAGGGACCGUGAGCCUUCUGGUCUUUCGCCAAGAAGAUGCCUUCCACCCAAGGGAACUGAAUGCAGAGCCAAGCCAGAUGCAGAUUCCAAAAGAAACGAAAGCAGAAGAUGAGGAUAUUGUUCUCACACCUGAUGGCACCAGGGAAUUUCUGACAUUUGAAGUUCCACUUAACGAUUCAGGAUCAGCUGGUCUUGGUGUCAGCGUCAAAGGUAACCGGUCAAAAGAGAACCAUGCGGAUUUGGGAAUCUUCGUCAAGUCCAUUAUUAAUGGAGGAGCGGCAUCUAAAGAUGGAAGGCUUCGGGUGAAUGAUCAACUGAUAGCAGUGAAUGGAGAAUCCCUGUUGGGCAAGACAAACCAAGAUGCCAUGGAAACCCUCAGAAGGUCUAUGUCUACUGAAGGGAACAAGCGAGGAAUGAUCCAGCUCAUUGUUGCGAGGCGAAUAAGCAAGUGCAAUGAGCUGAAGUCACCUGGGAGCCCCUCUGGACCUGAGCUGCCCAUUGAAACAGUAUUGGAUGAUCGAGAACGAAGAAUCUCCCAUUCCCUCUACAGUGGGAUUGAGGGGCUUGAUGAAUCCCCCACGAGAAAUGCUGCCCUCAGCAGGAUAAUGGGUAAAUACCAGCUCUCCCCCACGGUGAACAUGCCCCAAGAUGACACUGUCAUUAUAGAAGAUGACAGGCUGCCGGUGCUCCCUCCACAUCUCUCUGACCAGUCAUCUUCCAGCUCCCACGAUGAUGUGGGCUUCGUGACAACGGAUGCUGGCACAUGGGCAAAGUCUGCAAUCAGUGAUUCAGCAGACUGCUCUUUGAGUCCAGAUGUUGAUCCAGUUCUUGCUUUUCAACGAGAAGGAUUUGGACGCCAGAGUAUGUCAGAAAAACGCACAAAGCAAUUUUCAGAUGCCAGUCAAUUGGAUUUCGUUAAAACGCGAAAAUCAAAAAGCAUGGAUUUAGGUAUAGCUGACGAGACUAAACUCAAUACAGUGGAUGACCAGAAAGCAGGUUCCCCCAGCAGAGAUGUAGGACCUUCCCUGGGUCUGAAGAAGUCAAGCUCAUUAGAGAGUCUGCAGACGGCAGUUGCUGAGGUGACUUUGAAUGGGGAUAUUCCUUUCCACCGCCCACGGCCGCGGAUAAUCAGAGGAAGGGGAUGCAAUGAGAGCUUCAGAGCUGCCAUCGACAAGUCUUAUGAUAAACCUGCGGUAGAUGAUGAUGAUGAAGGCAUGGAGACGUCAUUCUCUUGGGAAGGGAAGGAUAAAGGAGGUGACAUUUUACCAGCAUCUUCAGGAGCAUUUUACCUGUUUUAUUUGGAGGGAUGCAUUAAAGAGAAGUUUAGAAUAAAGAGUCGAAACGAAAAAUGGUUUUUGAAUGACGGUGCUGCAUUAAAGAGAAAUGAGCAGCUUCACGUUAAACCUUCUUCAGAAAGAGAAACUUAA